GUCUUCCAUCCAGAAUAAUCGUCGCAGUUGUGUGUUUGCCAACCAGAUGGCGUUCACGCGAUUUAAUGCCGAAGCGCGCGCGCGCGCACUGCCGAAUCGAUUUCCGAUUUCUUCUUCCUCUCCCCCGCCUCCCUCUCCCGGCCGAUGUUUCCUCGCAUGUCGUGAGUGUAAAAGUGUACGGGCCCCGGUCAGUGCGAAAAAAAAAAAGCAACGCACCCGCACGACGAAAAAAGUAAAAAUUAAUUGGCGGCGAGUGGCCGACUGGGACAGACAGAACUUACGGGUGAAACCAUAUUUCCGGUUGAAAGUGAAUUCAAUCCAUUUUUUACCUGAACAUUGAUGUCACUUUAAUUCAAGCCAAGAGUUUCAAGUGUUUCAAAACGAGUGUAGAAUGUCGACGACGCAGCAACAACCGCCACCGCGAAAGGGCAAUUAUGCAAAGGUAUUGAGAAAUUUGCAUGCGGAGCAGUUGUCCAAGGUACAAUGGAAACACCAACAGGAAUGCGAACUCCUAGAAGACUUGCGAAAUUUCAUCAAGCAAAGAUGCGCCGUCGAGAAAUCCUACGGCGAGGCCAUGCAGAAGAUAUCGGCCAAUUACCUCAACAAGAAAAUGCCGCCCAUUCACGAACUGAAUCACGACGAAAUCAACCAGCAAUGGACGGUUUGGUCAAUAUGGAGAUCUUUGCUGGAGGAAACGGAUAAAUUGGCAAAGGCCAAAUUGGCCGCUGUCGAAAUAUUCCAAACGCAAAUCGCAGACGACGUGAAAAUCGUCCGUCAAAACAAACUCCAACUGGCUAAAAAGAAUCUGGACCUAUUGAAAGUGGUGCAAGGUGAAGUGCAAACUUGCGUGACUGAAUUGGACAAAUUGAAAAAAGUUUACGUCGACGACGAACAUGUCAGUCACGACGCUCGUGACAAGGCCCGUGAAGCUGAGGAAAAGCUAAAGAAGAAAAAGGGUAGCAUCUUCCAGUCGGUUUCCUCUUUACAGAAGACAUCGGCCAAAUUGGGGAGUCGAAGGGAUUUGUGUGAGGAGAAAUCGACUCAAGCCAGAAACGCCUACCUGCUUCAACUUGCUUCAGCCAACGCCCAUCAGAAUCGAUACUUUCACGUUGAUUUGCAAAACGUCGUCAAGACGUUAGACGGCGGAAUGUACGAAAAAGUGGCCGAAUACUUUUCCAUUAUGAGUCGGACGGAACUUUAUACUUGCUCCGCCUCUCAAUUCUCUUUCGGCAAAAUUAAAGAGCAAGCCCAAACCAUCAAUCGCGACUACGACCUGGCCUGUUUCGUCGACGCCUUCCCAAUUCUCAAUCAGCAUAUCACUUACGACUUUGAGCCUUGUGACAAUGACGUCAUCACGACGGUGGAUCAAGCUCACGGAGCUGGUGCCGGAUUGAUUCAGAGUGGAAAACAAUAUGCAUCUCGUGUCGCCCAAGAAUCCAAAAAGAUCAGAGAAUCGACGAGGACACUGCAAACUCUACAGGGCAUGAAAGAGAGUGGCUUGAAGAGUGAUCCGAAUGAACCCAACGGACCUGAUAUUGACGCCAAAAUCGAUGAAAUAAAAAACCAAUUGAGGCGCUCAGAGACUGCCAAAAUAAAAGCUGAGGCUCGAUUGGAGUGCCUUCAUGCUGGUGGAGUCAAAGUAGAUGAAUUCCUUCAAGACGCAGAGGGUCUGGUGACUCUUGGAUUGAUGAGAUCUUCUAGCCAGCUUUCUUUCCGAGAAUCGGCUCACGAGGAAUCUGAAUUCUCCGACAGCGGCUCUCGCGCUGGUGCUGAAACAACUCAGCAGGAUGAAGAAGAGGAAGAAGCUGCUGACGAAGCUUUCGUCGAGCAAGUGGUACAGCAGCAAAUUGCUGAAAUGCAGGCAACGUGGCAAGAUCCGACGGCCGCCUGGGAUACAACCGACGCCUGGGGAGACGACGCCGCUCAGCUCAACACUUCCGCCGCCAACACGACCACCACGUCUGUACAAAUUGAAACUGCCAGCAGCGUCACGGAUUCGGUGCAUGCCAGUGGAGAUGCCAGCGUCAUCAAAUGCAUCGCGUUCUAUCCCUACACGGCACAAAAUGCGGACGAGCUUUCCAUGAUGGAAAACGAAGAGCUGGAAGUGUUGCUGGCCUUUUCCGAAGGCGACGGAUGGGUCAAAGCCCGGAAUUACAAGGGAGAGGAAGGCUACGUGCCUGAAAAUUACCUGGACCUGCACGCCGACGAUCAGGUGCCGUGUGGAGGUGACGAGGACGCCAACCAGAACGUCCAUCAACAUCCAGCUAUUGCGGAGGAAGUCGAGCCGGAAGAAGGGCACGAGGAAGAGGAAGAAGAAAUCGUUAGUGCAGAAGCGGAAGGAGGUUACCCGUUGGAGAACCAAAUUUCCUUUUCUUCAGUCGACUACACGUACCAGCAGCAAGGAAUGAGCGCCGAAGAAGAAGAUGAGUUCCCUGGGCCGACCGAAAGCGCUCCUUUACCUCCACCUCCUCCACCCAUUGCUGCCCCAGUCGUGGAAUCAUCUCCAGUUCCUGCCGCUGAUGGCCAAACAAACCGAAUCAUCGGCUACUGCCGGGCCAUGUACGACUACGACGCCACGUCUGAUGAGGAGUUGACCUUUUACGAAGGUGAAGUCAUCGCCAUUUUCCGUCGAUCCGGUGCUCUACACGAUCAGGACGUCGACGAUGGAUGGUGGGAGGGUCAGCUCCUAACGGACGGUACUCGAGGCGUCUUCCCUUCUUUGGUUGUCGAAGAAUGCGGUCCCAACGGCGAAGAAUUGACGCCAAAAGUGUCGCCUGCAACACCUGAAGAGGAAUCAGUGCCUCCGCCGGGCAGCCCUCCAGUUGUUCCUACUUUCCUCCUGCCUCCUGAACGGGUCAUAAUCACGCAACCUACUCCCGAGACGGAAUUCCCUGAUGAUCAUGUAGAGCACAUGUUCGACCAGAACGCCACCAUUAAGGAAAUGGAUGAAGACGAAGAUGAUCUUGCUUCAGAAAUGAUCAACGUCGAGCCAGCCACGCCCACUGAAGAGGAGGGAAACAACAACGGCCAGAUAACUGACGGACUGUCUGGCACUCAGAUCAUCGUGACGGCAUCGACCCCCAUGGUUGAAAACGAAUUCAAAUGUUUCAACCCGACAGAUGAAAAGACGUCCGACGACAAGGAAAACGAAAUGGAACAAGAAUUCGGCGAAGAGAUGGAACCGCCUCCGCCACCAGCACCGGAGCCAUCAACAACCGAAACGUCGUCAUCAUCACUAGACCAACCGUUGCCGCCGCCAGCACCAAUCGCUGACGAGACUGUGGUCAGAAAAGGAUUCGACGACGAGUUUGUCCAACUGGAAACUGCCAAGGAAUCUUACGCCUAGAGAAGAACCCACAUUAUCUGUAUGGGCCCUCAUGCAUUUCAACUGCUGCUCAUUGAGCAAUAAUUGUUUUUUACAUUCCUCCCCAAUAACCUUUUUGAAAAACACACACACUCACCAUUCCAUUCUCCACUCCAAUUCAGGUCCAGCAAAUAAUUAACAUCACAGAGAGGCUUUCAUUUGCGGGUUGUUCCCAUUGUAACGUAAAAUAGUAAGUUUUUUUUUCUUCAGGUGCACAACGGGACAUUAUUAUAUACAAACCAACUCCUUUGAUUCAUUUUCAUAGAAGCUUGUCAAAAUAUCUUUUACAUGUUCAAGGCAUUUGUCAAACAUUUGCCCUUAGUCUGGAUGAUGAUCUCAUUCUAUUAGUCCCAGCAGUCGAUUCCAUGUCGUUUAAAAAAAAAUUGAUAGGUGUCAUCCCUUGAUUGGUUCGAUAAAGAAAAACGAUUGCGAAAUUCCUGUUCGAUUACAUAGGCAAUUCUCCAACCCUUUUACAAAUAACAAAUUCGAAAAAAGAAAAAAAACAAAACAAGAUUUCUAUUUGCUUAUUAUCCAGGUGUUUCAAUGCUGAUGUCAACUCAUUUGUAAGAUAAGAGGAGUCAACUAGUCCAACCGUAACUUAUUUCCAAUUAAUUAUAUUUAUUUUCACUAGUCCAUUUCCAUAUUCUCCAAACAUUUGUCAUAUUUUAGAUUUACAACAAGUCAAGUUUUUAUUUCAAAAUAACUUAACACUUGUAGUGUCUGUGGGAAAAUUGUAAACCAGAUAAUAAUGAGAUUUUUAAAAAGUAAUCGUAAAUACUCUCCUCCUUUUCAUUUUGUGACAAUAUUUCAUUUGCGUGUGUGUGUGUAAGAUCCGCUGCUAUAUCGUCGUUUGACAUUUGAGAUUACUGUUCUUAAUUCUGAGCUCCUUAUUACCUUGGUCAUUCCCCAAUACACACAGUCUCACCCCCC